GAUUAUUUUGAGUUUCGACGCACGCUCGGACGCUCAUAUUCUCUCCCUGCCACAGAGAAAAUAGAAAAGGAAAGGAAAUCAAAUCUCGCCAUCACAAUUCACAGCAUUGCAUUACAGUUUCCCAAUUCUUCCAUUCCCAUCUCCGUCUUCUCGAUCUAUUCGUUCUUCUUGCAGUGAGCCAACAUACAGGAACUAGAUUCUGCACAUCUCGAUCUCGCUGCCUCCACUGUCGUCCCCGAACAACUUUUGCUGAUCACUCUUCCGAUAUCAAUAGCCAUUGUUCCGAGAUGAGCACCGGCGAGCUCCUUAGCAUUGAACCUCUAGAACUCAAGUUUCCCUUUGAGUUGAAGAAGCAGAUCUCAUGCUCCAUUCAAUUGUCAAAUAAGACCGAAAACUAUGUGGCUUUCAAGGUCAAAACAACCAACCCGAAGAAAUAUUGUGUUCGUCCAAACACUGGAAUUGUCUUGCCACGAUCUACAUGUGACGUUAUAGUUACCAUGCAAGCUCAAAAAGAAGCUCCACCUGACAUGCAAUGCAAGGAUAAAUUUCUUCUUCAAAGUGUAAAAACAAAUGAUGGAACCAAUCCGAAGGAUAUCAAUGCAGAAAUGUUCAAUAAGGAGGCUGGCCGUGUGGUCGAGGAGUGCAAAUUAAGAGUGGUGUAUGUUUCUCCACCUCAACCACCAUCUCCAGUUCCUGAAGGUUCUGAGGAAGGAUCAUCUCCCAGGGCUUCUGUGUCAGAAAAUGGAAAUGCCAAUGGUCCUGAUUUCCCCACAGUAACAAAAGCAUUUGCUGACCAUCCUGAGGUUCAAGAAAAAUCUGGAGAGGCAAAAGCUCUAAUCUCGAGGCUGACGGAGGAGAAGAAUAAUGCAGUUCAACUAAAUAACAAGCUUGCCCAGGAACUGUUCUGGACAUGAUUGGAAGAAAGCAGAUGAAAUGAUAUGAAGAGGGCGGUCAUAAUCUUUUAAACUGCUGCCCAUGGAUCCAUGACGGAACCUGAUGGUGUUUUGAUUUUAUUGAGUAGUUAUGUUAAAUCUAGUUUACUUUGCAUCUCCACUAAUUUGGGAAAGGCAUAAAUAUUAUUUUCUGGGGAAUCCAGGUUGAAGUAAAUAAAUCCUGAUGUUCUCCGUUAGAGGUAGAAGAAUGCAACUGAGUAUCAGAUCUUUUGGGAACUUUAGUAGCGGGACUUGGAUUGGAAAGCUAGUUAUUAUAAUUUUUUUAAAAAAAAUUAAGUGGGUGCAUUGUUUUAAAAAAUUCAUUAUAAGCUUUCUAUACUGUAUGACAUGGCUUUACAGAAACAGGGGCAUAAUUAUUUUCAUUGCCCUGACAUGUCGGUUCAGGACAUGUUUUUAAUGAACAAGUAAAAAUUGCUGCCUCAGUCCAUACAUCACUCUGAUUCUUGUAGUGUUACUCUGAAACUGGGAGACU